AUGGAUUGCUACGUGCCGAACAACCCCCAAUUCGGGUUGGUCGAGUAUUGCCCGACAGACCACGGGCUUUGCUGCGAUCCUCUCCAGUGCACCUGUGUCGAGAACCCUUUGAGAGAGUUCCCGGAAGAGUGCUGUCAGGGGAAAAUCAUCAAAUGUAUUCUGGGAGUGUCCCCCCGUUCCUUCUCCUUCUGGGCCGAUGCUACGGUGCCUCAUUUCGCUUGCAAUCGGCUGAACAUCAGCCCUACAGGGCUCCGGGUGAUGGUCUAUUGGCUCUUUGAGGCGCGCACGGAAUUCUACGCGCCGUACGCUCGGGUCUUUUUCUGUUCGGGUGGCGAGUUACCCUUACUCGCCGUACGCAGACCCGCGCUUACGGUGGCUGAAGAUCGUCUCUCGAAAUUCCUCUUGCAGCAGGAAAACGAGAACUGCUGUCCAGAAAAUGGCGAAGAGUUGAACGCAUUAAGCGAUACGAUCGCGUGCUCGGCGCUGUCGCCGGACGAGGGGUGGCCUCCCGAGGACAUGGGCUCCUUCUCCUUGCCCCCACUCGACCUGGAACCGCUGCCAUCGCUGUUCCCAUUCUCACCAUGCUCGGGAUACAAGAGCGGAGCGGGCGAAUGCAGGGAGCGGGGUGGAGGGGAGGCGGCGGACGUCCUCCUCUCGUUGAAACACGCCGUCGUCCAUGGCGACUGUUCCUCCGAGGCCGUACACCCUCAGAUGAUGGUGAACAACGGCGGCUACCCAUACUACGAGCACUAUGGAGGAGCGCCCCUCUUUCCCACCAUGAGUGUCAACGUUUCCAUGAACAUGACUAUGCACGGCUGCCCCCCAGAGCAACUGUGUUCGCAGAUGCAAUGGAACCAGAACGCCUCGACGCCAUCAGUGAACGUGGUCUAUCCUCAAUCACAGAACGUGAUCAGCUCAUCAACUUAUCCUUCAGCCACUUACUCCUUUACUGCGGACUUCAGAACACCUAAUCAGAGCGACCCCCUCAUAACAGCCACCUCGACCUUCAAGCCUCUGCUGCAAAAUCCACAAAAGCCAAAUCCUAACUAUGCCCUAUUCCAGCAGAAACCGAAUUUUUCCAACCAAAAAGGUUUGGGGCAAAGUUUGAAAAGGCCACCGUCUAAGCUUUAUGCACAGGAGACGCAAAAGGAACAGAAUAUGGGCAAUGGGUACAUCUUGAAUCAAGGACAGAUGCAUCCUCAGGAAUAUGGAUAUGCUGCCUGUGUUAAUUCUUCUGGAAAAGUGCCGUCUUACUUUGAAUGUCAUGGUUACCCAGUACCCAUAGUUACGGAGAUGGAACCGGGGCAUUUUAGUCAAUAA